CUCUCCAUUUGCAUUAGUUUCACAGAGAGAAACUGAAGUGAGAGAGGGGAGGGGUUUACCCAAAACCCAAAUUGGUGUAGCAGCAGAGAUGGGUUCUUGGGUUUGCUUACCCAGUGGUGUUGGUGGUGUCACUGUCUCUGGUGCAUUGCCAAGAAGGUCUCUUUCUGCUCUUCUACUAAAAAGUCCAAUUUCACUCUUACCUUCUUAUCAAUUUCACCACAACAGAAGAAGAGUUUGUGCCUCUGCUUCUUCUGGUGCAAAGGAACUACAACAGCAACAGUAUGUGAGGAGCCCAGACCUUGUGGCCUUGGAAUAUGCUGACCUUAAUCUCACCCACAAAAUUUCUGAGGAACUGGGUCAUGUCAGAAUCAGGCAACAUGUCAACCCUCUAAGUUCCUCUCUCUCUGUGCCUGUGGAAGUACCUGAUUGGAAUCAAGUCUUCAGGGACCCGACAUUGCCACUCAUGGUGGAUAUUGGAUGUGGUAGUGGCAGAUUUCUCAUAUGGCUUGCAAAAAGAAAUUUAGUCAUGAGAAAUUAUUUGGGACUGGAAAUACGGAAGAAACUGGUCAAGCGUGCUGAAUUCUGGGUUAAGGACCUGGCUCUUAGUAAUAUAUAUUUCAUGUUUGCUAAUGCCACAACUUCCUUUCAACAACUAGUGUCUACAUACCCUGGACCAUUGAUGCUUGUUUCAAUCCUGUGCCCGGAUCCUUAUUUCAAGAAAAGGCAUCAUAAGAGACGGGUUGUACAGAAGCCUUUAGUAGAUUCCGUCGUGAACAAUUUAAUGCCCAGUGGCCAGGUGUUUAUGCAGUCAGAUGUACUUGAAGUGGCACUUGACAUGAGAAAUCAAUUUGAUUCUCAACCCCAGGUUCUGAAACACAUCCAUGAAAUCAACUCGAGUGUGCUGUGUGACACUGAGGGAUGGGUGUUAAGCAAUCCAAUGGGGAUAAGGACUGAGAGAGAAAUUCAUGCAGAAUUUGAAGGUGCAAAAAUUUACAGAAGGAUCUACCAGAAGCAAAUGUAAUUAACUAGAAGUAGAAGGUUCAUGGAUGAAGCAAAUGAAGAAUCAAGUGAGAGCUUUGAUUGCGUCCAUGUAUCCUGUAGAAAGUAGGGUUUCUUACCCGUUGAUGGGUAACGUCGGCAACAUCGUGUGAAGGAUGUUCAUGCUUCAAAUUUAUCAUGGAAAAUCAAAAUUUUGUAAUGUGACCCUUUCAUUAAAAUGUAGCUUUUAGGUGAAACAAAAUGUAUCUCAAUAUUUUAUUAGCGUAAUUGUUAUCCUUCACGGGAUAUAUCUCUUAAAACAA